AGGAAAUGUGUCAACAAAUUAUACAAUGUAUUAUAGUCAAGGAAGAGGAUACUGUUCAGAUAAGUACAAACGGUGCACAGCAGAUAAGUCAGAGAACGAAUUUUUCGAAUGCUGCCCACAAAAUCUUCAUCCGGUUACUCCUAUUUACGUGAAGAUAAAUUAUGAAAACAAAUAUAUGCAUGUGAACGGUAUAUUCUAUUGGUUGAGAGCUCAGACUAUAGCCAUACCCAAUCCACUCAAGAGUUUCACCUAUCAGCUUCUAGAUGAUACAACAGUUCAGUUUAAGUUUGAGGAUCCUGAAGACUGGAAUUUUGAUAAACACAUUUUAUUGAAUAAACGAAUUUGUCAGGAAUCGCCAGUUGAAGAAGGUGCAAAAUGCAAAACUAAAACGUUUCAGGACAGACAAGAAAAUACAUGGACAAUAUCUGGACUCAGUUAUGAUACACAAUACAUUUAUACGGCUCAAUGUUACCAUAUUGAAGGCAGAUGGAGUGAAGAAAAAAACAUCACUUUCCACACUGGAGGUACAGCGAAUUCGUCAACAACAUCUAUAACAGUCACAAUGUUUGCAUCAACUAAGAAUCCGCCAGUUCAGAAUGAGCCAGAUCGUCAGGCUCAGUCAUAUCAGGCUCAGUCAUAUCAGUCAAGUAAAGUUUCAUUAUAUGCUAUCAUCAUGGCAGCUGCAGGAUUUGCUGUCGCAGCAACGAUUGUCAUUCUCUUCAGGGCUUGUCGGUGGGCGUCCAAGAAAUUGUUUUGGGAAAUUCCAGAACCGAAUAUCCCUCCUAUUAUUAAAUAUCAUUGUGUAAGUGAAGAUUUUAUACAACUUAUUUCAAUAUCCUAAUGAAUUGUUCUGAAUAAUAGCCAAUAAUAAUAAAAA